CUCACUCACUCGGCUCAGUUGGUGUCGAGCCGUGGUGGGGAGUGGGUGAGCGCGCACAUUCCCUCUCCCUCACCGAUCCUCCACCACAACUGCUCAAUAGUAACUGGAGGAAAAAAGGCGGCGAUGUUUAGCAAUGAACGUCAUGUGCACUUGAAGUGUUGUUUCGCCGUCGUAUUUUUCUCCCACGUGUGCUUAUCCGUAUGAAGUGUUUUCCCGCGAGUGCGAAAAUUUUCCUGUGUUGAGGGGCUAAAACAGAGCGCCCUGAAACCGAGAGCUGUCGAUUGUUGAAAGUUGAAAUAAAUUAAAGGCGACGCCUGUUUCAGUAACCAUAAGUCCGUCAUUAUGAAUUCAAAUGGGGUAAUUCACUCCCUGUGGACUUGGUUCCAAUAGCAUUUGGUAUCGGCGACCUUUGGAUAAAGAGAUAGUGAUAUUUGAUAUGAUAUGUACGCUCUUCAUGAAGAGGAGAUUUUUAAAGACCUUGUGUGAUGUGGCGUGUCUUCUGUUACAACGUUGGUACGAGUGUUGUUGCUGUAUGUUGUUGUAGUAAUUGACAGUCUCAUGUGCAAGAUUAUUCGCCAUUACCGGUAAGGUACUCCAGGGAAGCGAUAUGUAUCAUAUGACGUCAUGGAUUGUUAGCGAUUCUCGUGAAGACUGUCAAGUGAUGAAAAUUUUGCUCAAAGGAAGCGGAAUCCAGCAGUGCCUACCAUAGGACACACCUAGAAGGGCCAUUCUCUCCUCCUCCCACUUCUGUGCCAGAUGACUAUGAAGUUGAACACAUUGCGCAUCUGUGUCCUGUGGAUGUUGCUGCGCCAGAGUGAGGUGAUGGAAUCAUGAUAUCUUCGAUAAGGCACAAAACGGAAUCAUGAUACUUGGCGAAUGAAAGGCCCAGGUCUCCUCUGGUGUGAUCGGAUAAACAAGCUGCCUGUUUUGAAGUGAGAAAAUUGAGCACAAAGACCAAAAUAAUAAUGGCUCGCGAUUACGAAAGUGGUGAAAUUGAGUGAAGAAAGGAAAACUUAGGAGUUUACUUAGGUUGUAGUUCACAGGUGAAGGAACACACUUCAAAAUGUCCAGAACGAGUCGAGAAGACGUGGACAACGAUCUCCUGGGCGUGCUAGUGAUCCACCGUCUGCGUGACCCCUUAGCGAAUAGCAGCAGCAGCAGCAGCAGCAGCAUCGGCGGCGACGCAUCUGAGCAGACGUAAUGCCUCCCGGAGCCAAGAUUAGGGACUCGUUCGUCGUUGCUCGAAGUGCCUCUUGGCCGAAGAAAGGUCCUUUGUGAGUGCGAGAAUUGAUUAGGAAUUUAGCAGUUGUCGUCGUCGUUAUUAUUAUUGUUGUUGUUAUUGUCAUUAUUGAUUCCAUUCCUCCCUCGCCCAUCCGUCUUAUUGCUCCUCCCCCUCCCGCUCUCCCUCGUUCUCGAUCCCGCUGGAUUCAGUGCCACAUGGUCGAGAGCAUCUCAGUGCCAAUCGGUAGUAGACUUCCUUUUUGCAGUUUUUCCAUGAGCCGUAGCUAACGAUCGCUAUGUGAAUAGUUACUGCAGGUGUCAUUAGAUUUUGCCUCUUCUUUAUUGCUCGAUCCUACAGAUCCACGUCAUCUCUUGAUGAGUCUCACAAUGCGUUCUUCUGUAAAGAUAGGUGAAAAGAUUGGGAUGUAUGUGUUCUGUAGAUUACCUUUAUAAAAAAAAGACAGUUUUCUUUCGACGGUCUCCCAUCAUAGAGAAGGUAGACCAUAAAAAUAGUCUAUCUUCUGUUUCAUACACCAGCUGAUUGAUCGUAUCGUUUGAUGAAUCGCCCCCCUCUCGGGAUCGAGUGUCCAUCGUCGUCGUCAAUUCUCCAAAUGCAUCCCUUGAGAAGAAGAACCGGGUCAGACUUCGCAGAAUUGUCAACGGCAUUACCCACAACGAUGGAGAAUUCGUCGUCGCCGUCUGUUCGUGAGUGAGAAGAGAUCCGAGCGAAGGAGCUAAGACGAAGCCACCAUGUUAGGCGGAGGACCCGCCAGGGCGCGGAGGGCGCCCCUGCAGCGCUCUGACACGGCGCCGGAGGAGCUGGAACUCGAGCGUCGCCUGGAGGCAGAAUGGAGGCGGAGGUCGCUGGCCCGAGCCAACUCCGCCGACCGCCCCUCUUCGGCCGCGCCGCCCCGCACUGCCUACACCCUCCCCGCGGCCUUCCCAGAUUCAUUCAACAGUUCAAAAACAGGUCUAACUGCUGCUAUGGCCGCCAGCGACUACUUUCCUUCGAGGUCGACCUUCAGUAUCCCUGCGUCUUGCUCAGCAUCAUGCCCUCCGACUGUGCCCGCCACGCCCACGAGAUCGCCACGCCCUCCACUCAGGCCUCCCAUGGGCACCCCGCUGGCGCCACCACCCCCGCCUCCUGCUUCGGACCGUCUCAUGGGCGGAGGAAGCACCCACAUGUUGCCUGGAGCUGGGGGCUUCCAGUGCGAGUGUCUGGAGGAUAGGCCCAUGGGGCGGUGGGAGCCGGGGGUAUUCGACAUGUGGUGUAACUCCUGCACCAAGAAGAGGAGGGAGUCUUCGGUCUGGAGUUCACUCGAUCUAAGCAGCUUACCGCCUCACCAGCUGUCUUCCAGCGCUCUGAUACCGGACACCCCCGAGACAGAGCCUGGCCUGGGAAGCAUGGAUAUGUCAGCGGCCGACCUCAUGAGAGCCCGCCAGCCUCCUCCUUCUGUCUGGGACUGUUUGGUCACCUGCCACAACAGAUUAGGACAGAGGCUUGCCAGGAAGCGGGUCGAACAGGGAGUGCGAUUAUAUAAUCAGCAAAAGCACUUGGCAGCCGUGAAAAAGUGGAAGCAAGCACUUAGGCGCAUUAACAAGGACAACGAUCGAUUCAUCACAUUGGGUUAUCUCAGUCAAGCCCAUCUCGAUUGGGGCCGCUACAGAGAGAUGUUAGACUUCGGCUUUCAGCAGCUAGACAUUGCCAACGAAAUGGAUUCGCCCAUGUUACGCGCCGAAGCCUACUUAACACUGGCUCGUGGCAAUGAGCGUUUAGGCAACCUGGAAAAGGCGGUUUCCUACUGUCGUCAUUCUCUGUACAACCAAUGUGAUCAGUCGCGCACUACAGGGUAUGUCCAUCUCACUCUAGGCAACACCUACCUCGUUUACUCCAGCUUCAGUAAGUCGAUCGAACAUUACGAGCUAGCCCUGAAAGUCUCUAGAAGCAUCCACGACACAGCCCUGGAACUCCAGGUGUAUUGUGGCCUUGGGAGCACCUUCUGUCUCCUGCAGGAUUAUGAAAAAUCCCUCUCGUUCAGUGCCAAGGCCUUUGAGCUCUCGAAAAGCUUUCAUAUUGCGGAUCUGAAUGCCAGGUUUCAAAGGCUCUCUUUAGUUACUCUCGCUACACCCCUUAGGAAGCUCGGGAGACUUCACGAAGCAAAGGACUGCUGCCAGGAUGCUCUGAAGAUGGCGCUAACAGCAGGAGACCGGCCAACCCAGGCAAGAUGCAUGACCAUCCUUGCCGAUAUUCAUCGCCAGUGUUUAGAUGUUCAGAGAGCUUACAAGCGUUAUGAAGCAAGUAUGCAACUGAUGGCUCAUCUGGAAGACCGUUAUGGGCAACUUAUUGCCCUUAAUGGUAUGGCCAAGACCCUCGGACUGAUGAGACGACAGUCCAAGAUAUGUGACUGUCGGCCUCUGGAGAUCAAUAACAAGGUCAUCGACCUGGCUUCUACCCUUGGAUGCAAACUUAUCAUGCGAUCAGCACAUGUGCGUCUUGGUGAAUUGUAUCGUGUCUUGAAUGAUGAGGAAAACCACUCCCUCCAAGAGCGUCUCGCCAGCUGCUUGACAGAUGAAAUGGAGCUAGUGUGUGGCGUCUGCAAGGAGCGCUAUGGUGAUCAAGGUGGCAACUCCCUCGAUGCUUUACCCUGCUCCCACAUCUUCCAUGCCAAAUGUGUGAGGGACCUGAUGGCAUCUGGAGAUCGCAAAAAGAAGAAACGCAUCUGCCCAGACUGUCGCAAAUCGCUCAAUUCCCGUCUGAUGCUCAUAUGUUAUGAUGAGUUGAAGGCAGCUUAUAAUGAUGGUCGGGCCCCCACUUUUCCACGCUACCAACCAUCCCCCUCUUCGGAUGACCAGCCCCUCUGAUAUUCAACCAUUUACUCUCCUCUUACAUUGAAAGAUGACAUAUGCUUUUGGCUCAUUUGUUGUACAUGAGGACUUCAGUCACACAACCAUUGUUUUGAAUUUAUUCUUCAAGAAGGUGAAAAAAUAACAGCCUCGAAGGGAGUUGCCUCACUUUCAGGAAAGCUGGCAUCAGUAUAACUUAUAUAGUAUAGCAAAGUGGUAACAAUGAUGCAAUCAAGGUGCAAAUCUGAUCUCUUUUGAGCUUCAGUUAUUCCCAGGUGCCCACAAGUACUGAAACCAUGUUAUUGAAAACUAAAUGGCCCUUCUUAUUUCCUUUUGAUCCCUCCAAAGUUAGUCAUAAUUGUUGCUGCAAGUACAGUACUCCUUCCUCUAAUGAGGAUAAUUAUGAUUGUAUGUUCGUAAGUGGCACAUUUCCUAAGUGAAAAUCUCAUAGUAAGUUGGAUGGUGUCAUUGUACUGGCAGUCAUUGUGAGGUCACUUUUGGAACUGAAGGCAUUUGGCUGGCAUUUAGUAGAAUGUAGACAUAUCGCUCCAUGCCACUCACCACAGAUUGAUGGUAAAGGGCAGAAAUAAGAGGAUGAGAAUCCCAACAGCCCCCGCCCACUGAAUGCAACAUGGGCUGACUAGUACUCGCAAACAUGAUUUUGUUCUUUUGGAUGUUUUUGUAACAAUACAGUAUCUUAACUUUAAACAUUCAAUAGAUUCAGAAAACUUGAGGGUACAGAACCUAUAUUGAUAAUGAUUACUGCCACACGUCACAGCUGUGUGAUAAACGGGAAUUUGAUACUUCCUGACUAUCCAGUGUCUUUCACUGUGGUAUUGCUAUCACAUACCCUGGACACGUGAACAGUAUUGUAUCAUUCAUUUUUCUUCAUCUGCCAAGGUCUGUUAGUGUUAUUCAUGAUGGUAUACAAAGAAAGUCUAUUGAAAUUGUGUACUAUCUAUAGUGAUGAUUUUAAUAAUUAACUGUGACCAUUAUUGGAACUCUGUAUAGUACAGUAUCUGGGUGUAUCAGUAAGAGGGUUGAAAAUGACUGUACUUUGUAAAUAAGAAGUUAUUAAAAUAACGUGAAAUGUUGUUACAUACUGUUAUGGCUACCAACAGUGAAAAAGACAAUACUGUUACAGUGAGCUUUGUAAGUCAUUUUAUACUUUGGUGAUUACUCAGAAAAAAUGAAUACAUUACGUAAAACAAUAAAUCCAGAAAAGCACCUUAUAAAGUAGUAUAUUCAUUGGAUGCUCAGUCAGUACAGCAAUGACAAUCACAAAUUUUUAUCAUAUAACAACAAAAAUUUAACUAAUAGACUACUGUUUUCGUCUGAAAAAAUGAUUUAUUAAAUUUAUAUAAACCAGAAGCUUUCAAAAUGUAGAGCUUAAGAAUGGAGACAGUUUCAAUAAGGAUCAUAAUAAAAUACAGUACUUGGAAAUAUUUUUCAGUAAUCCAUUGUGAGUGUGGAACCAUCUAUUAGUAAGGAAAUACUAAUAUAUCCUGAGCUUCUAAACAUUUUUUGUGCAUGUUUACCUGCUUAUCUUAACAUAUUCUUGGACCCUUUAAGUUAAAGUUAGGGGUCAAGCCUAAUCAAUUCAUCAUCUUUUGUAUUCCACUGCUGUCAGUGGGUUUUGCAAACUGAUCUUUCAACUUAUCCCAAUGAAAGAAUUUAUGUAUGACUGUAAAUUAUUUAACAUAAUAAUUUUAGGAGUUCAAGGUGUCUUUGUCAAUCUAUCUAAUUGUAAAACACCGAAUGUGAAAUCUCGGCUCUUUGUAAGGUAGGGUAGGAUACAUUAUCAAGGUGCCAGAUAUUUUUUUACCUGCAUAGAUUAAAGUAGUGAUUUUUUGUUUAACAGAAUAGUGACAAAUGCCAAUAAUUCAGAUAACUGCAGACACAAAUAUUCAUAUCAUACAAACUUGACUGUAUACAAUUGAGGCAGAAGAAUUAAACAAAAAUACUUUGGUACUCAGAUGGGUCAUCUGGAUUAGUGUGAAAUAAAGUAUUUUAUUUCCCACUGUGUUGAUGAUUUAUUCUAAACAUCAGAAUAACUCAUAAACACAAACAUCUUACAAAAAGCUUUAACAGAAAUAACUUUUUAAGUACUUUUUCAGUGGAGUUAAAGGUGAAAACCUUUAACUAGAAAACAAAGGACUAAACUUUUAACACUUUAAUUCUACCACAUGGUCCUUUGAGAUUAGGUCAUAAACUUAGGUUGAUUUCCACAACAGAGAAUUGGCUAAUGUAAGAAAAGAUUUUAAUCUAAAAGCGUAAGUUACCAUCUUUAAAAAAUCAAUAACCCUGCACGCAGUCCAAGUAAAAAAUUUAUGGAUAUUUUUUUUUCUCUUUUAUCAAAAUCAUACUUACUAAAUAUAGACAGAUUUUCUACAGCCAUUAUGUAGUAGUUAAUCAACAAAACUGAAGGUUAAAUAUACUAAUAUCAUAUCCUUGCAUAUAAACAUUGCUAAACACUCAAGUGGUCAUUACUAUUUGGUAUAGAAGAUGAAAACUCAAAAGUUCCAGUACAAAACUAAAAUACCCUUUUACCAAAAAUGGUAAAAUUUUUAUCAAUAGUAAUGUUAGUAUAUAGAAGUAACCUAAUUUAUGAGAUUACUUGUCAAUAUUAAAAAUUUCAAGAAUUCCAAGAUAUACAGAACAGACAUCAAACAGGAUAUCUAUCCCUUAUAGAUAAUCUAAUAAAUCUAUAAGUGAUGAUAUUAAAAAUUCACAAAAUAAUUACUAAUAAAAAAAAGCUUUAUCUUAAAUUUACUUUUAGUAAUGUUUAAAUGUUUGCAAAAUGUAAUUACAAAUCUGAUAUAUUUACUGACAGGAGCCACAAUACAUCACAUAAGAUCAUGUGGCAGUACAGUAUAUAGUGCACAAAAAUCAAAUCUUAGUUAAUAUAAAAUUACCAGGGCAUCCAAGCUUUUGUAAGCAGAAGUAGCAUUUACAACAUUUUAUAAUCCAAUUGAUAUUAUAUCAACAUUUCAUGGUCACAACUUUUUAAAAUAUCACCAUUUUCUAGUCAGUACCAUUAUUUUUUAUAAUGCAACUGAUAUCAUCUCCUCAACAUUCCAUGGUCACACCUUUUUAAAAAUAUCCCCAUUUUCCUUGUCAGUGCCCUGGUUUCUGUUGCUUAGAGUAGUACAGGUAUUUUGUACCCAUAGUAAAAAUCUCUUUCUUCUCUGCUUAUGGGACUUCUUUAAUUUACCAGCAUAGUCUAGUUACGGAUUUCAACGAUGCAGCAGCUACCCUCUUAUUGUUCUCUUUAAACUUCAUUGUGUUCCAAGGUGAAAGAAAGCUCUAACUCUUCUAGGACCUGACUAUCACAGAAGAGUUCUUGACCUCCCUUUCUUCUCCCUUUGCUCCUGUGAUGCGUUUCAGGCAUCAAAAUUUCAUACUCGCAAUCCAGGGCACCUCUUGUAACACCAUCUAUUACAUCCAGUAAACAGCGUAGAGCCCAACCCCCCCCUUUUUGACCACAACAACCACAUGGCCACUUUCCUGAUUGUACUUUUUAAAUUUCCCUUGGCUUCCUUUCCAGUCACCAAAGGCUUGGUUUGAUUACACUGAUUUUCAAUCCUUUCCACUGAACUUACUUAAAUCCACCACCUCUUUCUUUCAAGUCCAACACCUCUCUCUCCUCCUCUGCCUCAGAUUAUGCUAUUAGCACUACAGCAGCUACAAAGAACUUCCCUUUUUUGCACUCCCUUGUAGCUUUUUCCAUUACUAUGAUAAAUAGCAAAGGGUUUGGUACUGAUCCCUAAGGACACGAGGAGUUAACUAACUCGAAUUCUGAUGCCACUGUCUUCACCAUAGAGCUGCUGUUAUGGUUACAGUUGCAUCCCUAGCUUACUGAAUCGCUCUGGUACCCUCUGUCUUUGUAUGUGCUUUCAAUUACUUGUCUCUCUGUUCUCCAUCAAGUACUUUCCAAGGUCCACAAAUACAGUAUAAUUAUUUCUUGUGUGUGGCACUAGUAAAACUUGUGAUUAACAUUUCAGUUAUCACUUUAAGCUGGUACAUAAAAAGAUAACACACUAACAAAACCAAAUGUAAAAAUACAGUAAAAUAAAGUGUUUUUCAAAUAAUUAUGAAUCACACUCGUGACUUACACAGUGUGAAGUGGAAUUUCUUUUAAAGGAAGUUUCCUUUUGUAGAUCCAAACCAUUGUCGAACUAGAGCAGACAACCUAGAAGGGCAAUGAUUUUGACUUUCAAGUACAUCUAGUUUCUGAUCUGUAGCAGGUAUGUUCCUACCCUGCAUGCUAUUUAAAAAAAAUGAAUAACUUAAUAGCUGAUACACAUUUAUUAUGAGCAGUUUUACCACUUGCGUACUCAAAUUCAUCUCAUGGUAUUGGAAUAGAUUAACUAAUAAUAAAAUUAAUAGAUCUGAAAGCUAAUACAACAAACUCAUAUGUACACACUUCAUGAAAUUGUGGAAGAUUAGGAGCACCUGACAUAAUUAAGAUGCAUUAAUCUAAGCAAGCAAGCAUCAAGGAGAAUAUUCCUAAGCAAAAUUAGCAGAUUCUUAUUUGAGACAUUGACAGAGACACCAAAUGCUUCUUUAGGAUCUUUAUAGGAUAGUUUGCUUCUGUAGCUUAUUUAGUAGAGUAUGGUAAUGAGUCAAUAUCUUUUAAUCAUAUUUAAAAGUCUUUUAAAAAUUCUACUUUAAUAAUUAAGACUUAAUCAACAUAGCUGAUCAGUCUGUGAAAUAACUAGAAAGAUUUUAUGGCAAGUUGUAUGAUUAUAAUUUGUAUUGCUGAAGUAUUUAACAUAAACAAUGUCUUUUUACCAAUUGAGUCACAACACACUCACAAAGUCUCGGCCCUUAUUUCUUUUAAGGUAAAAAAAAUACAA